UCCGGUUCUCAGGUUCUGGUCGUCUCGCUGUCGAUGUUCCUAGCCGACUGGUGCUGCACUGCUCCCUACCUCGGGCUUGAAAGAAUCAAAGUUCACUCCCUUGUUUGCCACCAUUGUACUACACGCAAAUAGCUUGCAGUGCUUGUGCAUUUCUCCGUAGCUUAGCAUAGCAGAGGGAAAGGAGCAAAGAUGAGCAGCCAUGAGGCGCGCAAGUUCGUGGAGGAGGUGCGGGGCCUGGAGAAGAAGUGGAUGCUCGACCUCGGCCACCCGCUCCUCAACCGCGUCGCCGACAGCUUCGUCAAGGCCGCCGGGAUCGGCGCGAUACAGGCCGUCACGCGGGACUCCUACUUCAUGGCCAUGGAAGGCGAGUCUGGGGGCACCGGAGCGGUGUCGGACGCCACCGGCAGCAGGAAACGGACGUUCCCGGACCUCAGUGGAGGGACGAGCAACAGCAAGUCAGCGGAGGCCAUGGUGAAAAGCGUCAGCAAGGAGUCGUUCCAGUGGGGGCUCGCGGCCGGGAUGCACUCCGGCCUCACCUACGGCCUCGCGGAGGUGCGCGGGACCCACGACUGGAAGAGCAGCGCGGUGGCGGGCGCCGUCACCGGCGCGGCGGUCGCGCUGACCUCGGACAACGCUUCGCACGAGCGGGUUGUGCAGUGCGCCAUCACCGGCGCCGCGCUGUCCGCCGCCGCCAACGUGCUCUCCGACAUAGUUUAGGGAGUUCAUUCAUAUGAUACCACCCGAUGGCCCGGCGGAAUGGACUUGUUUAGGUGACGUGUUGUUGCGACUUGCGAGCGCACUUGUCCUGUGUUUCCUUCUUACGAUCUCGGUGUAGCCGGUUCAAAUAAUAACUGCCACAUCUCCUUUCAUACAGAAAGGUUGGACGUUAUUCGCUGCGUCGUUGGUGUUGUUAGGAUUUCAUGAAGAUAAAAAUUUGUUUGGCCAA